GUGAAAAAUGCCCUAUGCAGCUCUACAAUAUUAAUUAACAAAAUAGCUUAGCUGCUUUGGCUGAUAUUAAUUUACCACUAUGGCUGAUAGAUACCCACUAAGUGAGGACCAAAAAAAGACCUUAAUAAGAUUUUAUGAGGAGGGCAUGCAAAGUAAGGGCAAAACCUGUGCAUCAUUUCAUCUUCAGGCACAGAAGGCAACCAAUCUCCCUUUAGACGUUGUUCUGAAUUGGAUUAGCAACUACAAGAGAUCUCAGCGCAAAGGCGAUAGCCCAAGAGUAGGGAUUGCAAGCAGUGACAUUCCUGGUGGUCCAGGACCACUAAAGAAAGGCAGAUUCUUAUCAAUCCCCAAUGCAUAUAAUGUGCAUGUUGCAGAAUUCCUCAAGUCUGAAAAUGCUCUUGCCCUGCCUACAACCAAGGAGAAAUACUCAGCAGCCGCAGAGAAAUGGCGAUCUAUGUCAGAGGAGGAAAAAGCAAACUGUAAAGAACGAAUCGGAGAAUAUUCAAAAAGCAAAGAAGUGACGUGGCCAAAGAUUCAGAAAGUGAUGAGGCAGAUGAAUUCUGGGGCACAAUCACUAAGUGAUGCGGCGGGAGUUGAGACAGUAACGCUACAUUUUCAUAAAGGGGAGGUGUUUACUGGAGGAAGUGAAAGAGGCGUACAGUAUCUGAAAGAGCAUCCAGUAGUGGAACUCUCGUUUACAUCUUACUUUUAUGAAAAAUCUGCCGAGGAAGAACUUCCUGAGUCCACUCAAAGAGCUACUUCUAAAAAGUUGGUUGAACAAGUGAAGAAUAUUUUCCAGCAGAAAUAUGCUAUCUCUACGGGCCAUAUCGGAGAUGUUCCAUAUGACAGUGAAGACAUUGUAGUGAACCUGAAGGGCCUACCAACGAAUAUAGAGUUCAAAAGACCCUCGCUGUAUGGAGUAAGGCAGCUUCAAACGAUCAUAUCAAAUAAAUCAAAGUUUGAAAUGCACGUACGGAGUGUGCACACAGCGCUAAGGGAACAUAACUACCAACAACCCGGUGCCGUAGAAACUCAAGACUGAUAUGCUCCAGAUAUAUAUAUAUAUAUAUAUAUAUAUAGCUAAUAGUCACCGUCUGUACUCGAUCAUGGUAAAA